AUGUGCGACAAACGGCUGUGUGCCUGCGAGAAGAAAACGAUGCCGGGUUUCAUGAACCCGAACGACGAGCGUGCGAAGGCCCUCGAACAAGCGUAUGCGGAGUUCGCUCAAAUCGAUAGCAGGUCGCUAUUGAAGAAACACUUAACGCAGCAGGUGUUCGAUACGCUUAAGACACGCGUAACGAAUACCGGCUCCACUUUGAUGGACGUGAUCCAAUCGGGUUUAAAGAAUCCAGACUCGGGCGUUGGUGUUUACGCGCCUGAUCAGGACGCUUAUGACGUGUUCGCUGCUUUGUUCGACCCAGUGAUCGAGGAGUAUCAUAUUAAUUUCACAUCGAGCGACGUCCAUCCAGAUUUUGAUUGGGGAGAACCGGAGCAACUAGGAGAUCUCGAUCCUGAGGGACAAUUCGUGAUUUCGACGAGAAUCCGUUGCGCCAGAUCGGUCAAUGGGUAUCCGUUGAAUCCUACUAUGACCAAAUCCCACUACUUGGAUUUGGAGGCGAAGGUACAGCAAGCCUUACGCUCGUUAGACGGCGAACUGAAAGGGACUUAUUACAGUCUGGCCGCGAUGGACAAAGAGACGCAACAACAACUGAUAGACGAUCACUUUCUGUUCAAGGAGGGUGAUCGAUUUUUAGAGGCAGCCAACGCCAAUAGGUUCUGGCCAAGCGGCAGAGGAAUAUUUUUUAACGAGGCAAAAACUUUUCUCGUCUGGUGCAACGAGGAGGAUCACAUGCGUCUGAUAUCGAUGGAAAAGGGUGGCAAUCUGUCGUCCGUGUACUCGAGGCUUGUUAAAGCGGUUACCGAAGUCGGGAAGGAAAUACGAUUCUCGCGGCACCGUCGGUUCGGCUUCCUCACAUUUUGCCCGACCAACCUGGGGACAACCAUCAGGGCCUCUGUUCAUAUCCGCCUUCCGAAAUUGAGCGAGAAUUAUACGAGAUUCGAAGAAAUCGCGAAUACAUACCAUCUUCAGAUCGAUCGGUCACGCGGCCGUUACGAGUUGCAAAAUCGUAAAUGGGUAAACAGAGAAAUAAUUCCACGGUUCCACGUAAUUAUCAUUAUCGAACGUUAGUUAUCUUUGAAAUGAUAAUGAAGCGAAACGCAACAAGUAUUCCUUUGGCCCGGGAUCAAUGCUAAUCGUUCGUACGAAAUAUUUAUAUCUUUUGCGCUGAGCGAAGCGGCGAUGAUGCUUAUAUAAAUCCCAAGUGUAUACAACAUAAACUAUAGUUACGGAUGAGCACGUACAAACAAGUACAGUUAUGAAUAUUCCCAGCUUACAGGGGAAAUAUUUGAACUGGAUCUUCGCUGUCUACGGGCGAAGAAUCUACGAAACGUAAAAACACACAGUUUUACUUACUAUGCGAGCUUAUUUAUUUUCCUUUUUCCUUUUCAGUUUCAGGUUUAUUGUAUCUUUUUUUCCCUUUCCGCGCGUUUUCUUUUCUUUUUUUUAUUCUAUCCCACGCGAACGUGUAGCACGGUUUUAUUAAAUUUCACUGGCAUCCCGUGGAUAACUAUAGCGCGAUUAAAAAUGACAAAAUACGCCUGAUUCUUUGCAGCAAAUAUCGAACUGGAGAAAGAAUAACGCGUGCCGAGCGGAUCUUAGUCCCGAAGCGUGCAUUUUUGAACGCGAGAAAAUUUGACUUUGAACGAACUUCCUUCGCAGUUAUAAAUUUUUUGGAACCUUAUUAUUGAGCUCAGCUUGUUUAAUGCAUCUGUAGAUUUGGUUUAUUGGACGGAUUGUAAUUGAUUCAUACUACGUGCAUCCUUCUGCGGUGUCAA